GGCGCUGACGAACAAAAUCGUUGACAGUGAGGGGGAUUUUUUGAACGGCGAAGUUUGCAGGAGAAAAAGGUGGCGAGACAAAAGUCCAGAAAGCGCACAAUCCUGGUGGAGCAGGACACAAAAAAGUCAUAGGGCUUCGAGUGUGUGUAAGUUAGAGUCUAAUUUUCAUAAGCCAGACUCCCCCCAAAGUGCUUUUGCAUAACAUUUUGCCCGUGGUGUAAUGUGAAAAAGGCCAAAGAGGCUUCCCAAAUGGAGUCCUUGAGCCUCUGUCCGGAGGGUAGCAUCGUGCGUGAGAGUGCGCUUCCAUUUGGGUGGCCGUGGUGAUUGGGUUCGAAGAGAUGCGUGACAAUGAGUGUGUAGAGGGUGGUGGUGAUUCGUGCGAGGGUGGCAGUCAACGCAGUCGAACGCGAAGUCGUACACAGAGUGGAAGUAGCAAUUUUGUGGCAAUAAAUGUUGAGAAUGUAGGGACGCUGGACAGAGAAUCUCGAAUGGUACGCAACAAGGGUCAGGGCAAUCAGUGUGGCAAGGUGCCCAGUCAGCGGAAGUGCGAUCACAGUGACAAUUCCAGUGAGACAGACUCCCCAGGUGCCGAGCCACGGGCUUCGGUUCACAAACAGAAUCUCUAUGUUGUCUCAUUUCCCAUUAUCCUCCUGUUCAACAUUCUCCGGUCACUUUUGUAUCAAUUGUUUGUGAUAUUCAGAUACUUGUACAGUGCCACAUCCCGUGUGGCGCACAGAAAUUGGCUGAGACGACGCCGGGAGUGCGGAAUUGAAGUGGAAACAGCCUCAGCCACAGUUCAUCUCAGUGACACUCAGGGUGACCAAGCAGAAGGACUCAUUGAGAUGUCAUCGGGCAGUAGACAUCCCGUGAGUGGUCCCGGACCCGGUGAUCCACUCCUGGCCAAGCAGAAACAUCACCACAGGAGAGCUUUUGAAUACAUAUCGAAAGCCUUGAAGAUUGACGAAGAGAAUGAAGGUCAGAAAGAAAUUGCCAUUGAGCUCUAUCGUAAGGGGAUUCAGGAACUUGAGCGAGGAAUUGCUGUGGACUGCUGGAGUGGACGAGGAGAUGUCUGGGAACGAGCUCAACGUCUUCAUGACAAAAUGCAGACCAAUUUGUCCAUGGCACGAGAUCGAUUGCAUUUUCUUGAAAUUUUGAUGGAAGAACUGAAAUUAGAAAAUUUAGAAUCUACCUCAAGAAAUCACACUAAAGUGUCUAGUUGUAAUAACAAGCGUAAAGAUAAAGACAAUAGUGUUAGUAAGAAUCUCCUGACGACGACCACGGGGACAAAUAAUACUAGAACAUUGUCUCAGCCAUCGAAGAAUGUUGUGAUAAAUAAGAACACUAAACCUGAAGCUUCCGGGAGGAAAUUGACCGUGGGUACGAAGCGUCCGGCGAAUCUGGGUGUGAUGAAUAAGUCGCAGACUCUGCCCCGCAGCAUGGGUGGCACGAAGGUGGGUGGAAGUGGAGGACAACCUCAACGUCCUGUACUCAAAUCCAUCGCAACACCGCCGGCUGUGCGACGUCAGCUUUCGAUCUCUGGUAACUCUCCCAUCCGCAAGGCAGGGACCAACACUGGUCGCAAUACUCCACCGCCCCGUUCCAGGACACCUCUUGGGGCUCCAUCGAGCACGACUCCCACCACGAUUUCGGUGAAGGGAGUGGAGCAGAAGCUGGUGCAGAUCAUCAUGGAUGAAAUUGUGGAGGGUGGCUCGAAGGUGGAAUGGAGUGAUAUUGUGGGACAGGAUGUGGCCAAGCAGGCUCUGCAGGAAAUGGUGAUUCUGCCUUCGGUGCGUCCAGAGUUAUUUACAGGCCUGCGAAGUCCAGCCCGUGGACUGUUGCUCUUUGGUCCACCGGGAAAUGGGAAGACCCUGCUGGCUCGUGCUGUGGCCACAGAGUGCUCUGCGACAUUUUUCAACAUUUCCGCCGCAUCGCUCACCAGUAAGUACGUUGGAGAUGGGGAGAAGCUGGUUAGGGCGCUUUUUGCUGUGGCCAGAGAGAUGCAACCGUCGAUUAUUUUUAUCGAUGAGGUGGACAGUUUGCUGUCGGAGAGGAGUACGGGAGAGCAUGAGGCAUCUCGUAGACUUAAGACGGAAUUUCUGGUGGAGUUUGAUGGGAUCCCGGGGAAUCCAGAAGGAGACAGGAUUGUUGUGCUAGCUGCUACAAAUAGACCCCAGGAACUCGAUGAAGCUGCACUGAGGCGAUUCCCGAAGCGAGUGUAUGUCUCACUGCCGGACCUCGAGACGCGGGAGAUGCUCCUGAGACGACUGCUGGAAAAGCAAGGAAGCCCUCUGUCCAUGGAAGCCCUCAGACGACUAGCAAAUCAGACAGAAGGAUAUUCUGGGUCUGAUCUGACAGCCCUGGCUAAGGAUGCGGCCCUGGAGCCCAUCCGGGAGCUCAAUGUUGAACAGGUGAAAAAUAUGGAUCCAACCAAAGUGAGAUCUAUCACUGAGCAAGACUUCAUGAAUUCUCUCAAACGCAUUCGCCGAUCUGUUGCACCACAGAGCUUGACAGCUUAUGAGAAAUGGUCUCAGGAUUUCGGGGAUGUUACUAUUUAAUUGAAAAAGACAAAGGCUCAGAGCGCAAUUUUUGCCAUAAAAGAAAACCUUUUCCAUUUAUAAUUCACAGUCUCCAAAGCGAGAUGAUCUCGCCAAUUUUAUUUUUCUAUUUUUUAUUUAUUCUUUAAGCGUCACUUGAAAAUAAAAAAAAGAAUCACGACACAAAAUCGACUAGAAGCAAACACAGAGAUCAAGUCGAAGACAUGAAUUUUAGGAAUAUUUUUGUAUUAAAUGUUUGAGAAUUGAUCAUGUUGAUUUAACAAAAGGCACACACUAUCUGAUAAAAUUGAAUUUUAAGGUAAAAUAAAUCGAGUUUAAAGGUUUCUAUCGCUUACAAAAGAAUACCCAAAAUUGUAAUAAAGGCUUCUGCUACAGAAUAA